AUGAAUAAGAAAGUUAAUACAAGAAUACCUGAUGAAUUAGAUAAUUAUUUAUGCGUAGUAGCAAAACAUAUGAUCAACUUACUAAAGAAGAGCAACCUGCAAACAUAUACUAGAAUAGCACCUAUUUAUCGAAUAAGACUUAUUAUUACAAUUUCUAGAAUGAGAUAUCCAUAAUAAGAAGAAAAAGAAAGAAAUAAAGACUAAACUUAAGAACCUUGA